UGUCAUUCUUAUUUAAGGCACUUAAAUACACUUUUAUAUGUGAUACUUUGAACUGUUAUGGCAAUUAAAAACAAACAAACAAACAUGUAAAAUACUUCCAGAUAAUUUGUUAACGAUAAAUAAUUAACAGUGUGUAAUAUGCUAAGUCAAUAUAUCCCAGGGUGCGCUGCAUGCACACGUCACCGGAGCGAAGCGGCAGCGCGAGGAACAUGGCUGCAAUGUGAACGGCUACGGUGCUGGACAUCGAGCUGGCUAUUACAGGUCCAGACACCGCUCUUUCUGCCCUCUGUGGAGUGCACUUAAAGAGAGAAGAGUGUGCUAUUGAAUAUUCAGGUGGGACAGACGGCUGUGGCGAGUGGAUGCGCUGUAGCGGAGACACUGGACAGUUAUGGUCACUUAGUGUCCGAACUGAAAGCUGCUGCGUUUCUGUUGGAGAGGAGAAUGCUGUGAGUGAGGUUAGUCUCCUAACUGCUGCGUGGAGGUGAGCAGAAGCUCAGGAUGGCGUGCCCAAUGUCCAACAUCUGUCGAGGUCUCCGCACCGUCAGCCUGGUCCUUUUCUACUAUGUCUUCUCCAUCGGGAUCACUUUCUACAACAAGUGGCUCAUGAAGAUCCAUGUUCCAGUUCGAUGGUGUUGUUCUUCUCCACAGGAUUUCCACUAUCCUUUGUUCAUGACCCUGUGUCACCUCAUCAUUAUAUUCUGCUUGUCUGCGAUGACACGGUGUGCUAUGCAGUGCUGGACACGAAAGACUAGGGUCACUCUCAGCUGGAAGGACUACUGUUACAAGGUGGCACCAACAGCACUGGCCACAGCUUUGGACAUUGGACUAUCCAACUGGAGCUUCCUUUUCAUCACUAUCAGUCUAUACACGAUGACCAAGUCUUCUGCUGUGCUCUUCAUCCUGUUUUUCUCCUUGCUCUUCAAAUUGGAGGAACCGAACCCGUUCCUGAUCCUGGUAGUGCUGCUGAUAGCUGGUGGAUUAUUUAUGUUUACGCUUAAAUCCACUCAGUUUAACCUGGAGGGUUUCAUCAUGGUCCUGCUGGCGUCCUUUAUCGGUGGGAUCCGCUGGACCCUCACACAGCUCCUCAUGCAGAAGGCAGAGCUCGGACUCCAGAACCCUAUAGACACCAUGUAUCACCUGCAGCCAAUCAUGUUCAUGGGGCUGUUUCCUCUUUUUAUGUUCAAUGAAGGGCUGAGUCUGGCUACAACAGAGAAGCUGUUCCGGGUGAAUGAGCUCCAUCCACUGCUCUACUCUCUCUUCGCUCUGUUUUUGGGAGGCUCCCUGGCCUUUGGGCUCGGAUUCUCCGAGUUCCUGCUUGUUUCCCGUACCUCUAGUCUCACGCUCUCCAUCGCAGGCAUCUUUAAGGAGGUGUGCACUUUGCUGCUUGCAGUAGAAUUUAUGGGAGAUAAUAUGAGCACAGUGAACUGGUUGGGGUUUGUUGUGUGUCUGUCGGGUAUCUCACUACACGUAGGUCUCAAGACCUACUACAGCAAAGGUAAUGGAUCUACAGUAAGAUCACUGCCAGCCAGGGAAAACCCAGACAUGGAGCUCCCUCUUCUGAUGCCCAGAGGCAAUUGCUCCGAGUCAGAGGAUGAGGGAUAAAGUGAAAUUAUAUGAAUGACCCUGAGCAUUUCACACACAAUCCAAGCAGCAGAAGAAGAAGAAAUCCACAGCAUGGUCAUGUUGAUCAGAGACCUGUCGAGCAUGUGGUGUAUCGUAUUCUGCACAUCAGCAGUGUUGGAGGAACAGAGGUGUCUGUUACGUCUCGCCUACAGGAGAAAUGCUGCAUUUCACGGUUUAUUGACUGAUCAGGUCCAGGGUUCGUUCCUAUUAUGAGUUUGUUCAUAAUUCAGUUUCCAAAUCAUUAAAGGCUUUUAUCUGAUCUAUAGAAUGACCAAAAAAAACUAUGCUUCACUAAGCACCUUGUCUGAGAUGUAAAAUGAGAGUUCUUUAAUAAAUCUUUAUUCUGUACUUGAGAAUGUUUAGAAAUUUCAGAAAGCGUGUCUGAUCUCAGCACAUGUCUGUGUGAUUUAUUUAUUUCUAUCAUGCAGUCGUAGCCAGGUUCCUCAGCUGAAACUCAGGACAUUUUCCAUGUGGCCUUAUGCGUUUUUGUUUACAUUAGAGUAAGUGAUUUACUGUUGAUUUUAGGUGAUGUAAUAAUUUGUUAAAAGCUAUUUUAAAUAAAGGAUUUAGCUCA